CCAAAUUUCCAUAGUAACCCCACAUGGAAACCAUUCUUCCUGUGUUUUGAGUUUCGGCGGCGUCGCGCAGGCAAGCUAAUCGAAGACCAAGUGGCUGUUUCUUCGCCUUUAAAGCGCGUUACGGUUUCGCGACACAACUGCAAAAGCCACCAUGAAGAUCGAGGAGGUGAAGAGCACGACGAAAACUCAACGGAUCGCCUCGCACAGUCACGUCAAAGGACUGGGCUUGGACGAGGCCGGUAACGCCAAACAGACAGCGUGCGGGUUGGUCGGCCAGGAAGCCGCCAGGGAGGCGUGUGGCAUCAUUGUGGAGCUCAUCCGCUCCAAGAAGAUGGCAGGAAGGGCAGUUUUACUGGCCGGGCCACCUGGUACUGGAAAGACGGCCCUCGCCUUAGCCAUAGCGCAGGAGCUGGGCAACAAGGUCCCUUUCUGCCCCAUGGUUGGCAGCGAAGUUUAUUCGUCAGAGAUUAAGAAGACAGAAGUGCUGAUGGAGAACUUCAGGAGGGCCAUCGGGCUACGCAUCAAAGAGACAAAGGAGGUAUAUGAGGGCGAGGUGACUGAGCUGACCCCCUGUGAGACGGAGAACCCGAUGGGGGGCUACGGAAAGACCAUCAGCCACGUCAUCAUUGGUCUGAGGACGGGCAAGGGCACCAAGCAGCUCAAGUUGGAUCCCAGCAUUUAUGAGAGUCUGCAGAAGGAGCGCGUGGAGGUGGGAGACGUCAUCUACAUUGAAGCCAACAGUGGAGCUGUUAAGAGACAAGGUCGCUGUGACACCUUCGCCACAGAAUUUGACCUGGAGGCUGAGGAGUACGUGCCACUGCCAAAGGGAGACGUGCACAAAAAGAAGGAGAUUGUCCAAGAUGUCACGCUACAUGACCUUGACGUGGCAAAUGCGAGACCACAGGGAGGCCAGGACAUUCUCUCCAUGAUGGGACAGCUGAUGAAGCCCAAAAAGACAGAAAUCACAGAUAAGCUCCGGGCAGAGAUCAACAAGGUGGUGAACCGCUACAUCGACCAGGGCGUAGCCGAGCUGGUGCCUGGCGUGCUGUUUGUAGACGAGGUCCACAUGCUGGACAUAGAGUGCUUCACAUACCUCCAUCGAGCGCUGGAGAGCACCAUCGCCCCCAUCGUUGUGUUCGCCUCCAACAGGGGAAACUGUCUCAUCAGGGGAACCGAGGACAUCAGCUCACCACAUGGGAUUCCACUGGACCUACUAGACAGAGUGAUGAUCAUCCGCACUAUGCUGUACACGCCACAGGAGAUGAAACAGAUCAUCAAGAUCCGUGCUCAGACCGAGGGGCUCAGUAUCAGUGAGGAAGCACUUGCACACCUGGCAGAUAUUGGCGCCAAGACCACCCUCAGGUACGCCGUUCAACUGCUGACGCCGGCCAGCCUGCUCGGUCGCGUUCAGGGCAAAGAGACGGUAGAGCGGGAGCAGGUGGAGGAGAUCAAUGAACUCUUUUACGACGCCAAGUCCUCCGCCAAAAUCCUCCAGGAUCAGCAUCACAAAUUUAUGAAAUGAAAAGUGUCACAGCCGGAAGCAUGACUGACAGUUCUUAAUAUUGCAUCCUGCUUUCUGUUGAUCUCCAUCAUGACUCUGACAUUUCUCUAUUAACGGCAUAUUUCAAUGGGCCCUUAUUGAUUCUGCUUGACAUAAAACUGUUGAAUGAAA